AUAUUUUAUUAAAUAAUAUAAUUGACAAAAUCACUGUUCUUAAUAUUAAUAGAUUCCUUUAUUCAUACUUUUGGCAAUUAAGUAAUCGUUAUUUUUUUAUUCAAUAAAUACUAAUCUAUUUAAAUUAAAGAUUCUUUAAGAUGGUUUAAGCCUUAAUUAUUUAUUUAUUUAUUUUGUCUAAACGACAUCUUUACUAUUGACGAAACAAUGAGGGAACUGUUCUGAAAUAGAAAUUAAACAGCUUCGUUCCAUAAAAAAACUUCUAAAUUUCAUCCAUCAGAAUAGAUUUCAAGAUUUCUUCUUAUGUGUUACUGUUUUUUUGUGUGUCAAUUUUGAAAGAUCCUAGAAGGACUAGAAAACAGGUCAGAAUGUACUGUAUACGUGUCAAACCCAAUUCAAAAGCUUUGACUCCGAUCAUUUUUCUUUCACGGUCUUUAAACCAAAUGCCCGAAUGUUUUCAUCAAAAAUAAAAUCAGCUGUCCACAAAUACCUUUUGUUACUACUCAAAUAAUAGUAUAUAAUGUAUAUAUCUGUCAUCGCAUAUCAAUACGUGUAAAUACAGAAAUAUUCAUCUUAUAAAAUCUUUUAUAAUGCGUAAUUCAUAGAUAUUAAAUAUUUUAUCUACUUAUCUACUACAUUCCACUUGAUGCUGCCACCUACUUACCUGAAGCGUGAUAUAUCUACAUACUUACUGCAUCGCGUUGCCGUAACGACCGCGGCUUGUUUGUACGUCGAUGUGAAUGUGAAUUCGAAUUCGCGGUCGCGUAAUCGCGCUAAUAAACAUUCGCGGUCGGCCGGUUAGUCAAACGCACGUUUUUACACUCCGUAUGUCAAACAAUCGGAUUGCCGUCGCAAUGAACGGUAGUAUGACGAAUUACGUAGUCGAAAAACAACUCGAAUCUGAUGAUUUACGCCCAGCAUCGCUCGAUAGACAUCCGGAGAGACACGGAAUAGAGAAACCUGCUAAUAGAACUCUGGCUGGUACCGUCGAGGAAAUUCUGCGACAAGUGCAACGUGAAUUGUGUUUGAUCCAGUUGUGUUGGCCGGAUGUCUCAAUGAUCACGGAGGAUCUCUAUGCGCGAGCACUUCCGGAUACCUAUCGUUGCGUCAGGAAUAAGGAGCGACUGCUGUUGUGGUACGCAGAAAACUUUCGUCGCCAGUUCCACGCAAAAUAUACGAAUCGCCGACCAUUGCUAUUGACUUGCAAGAACGAAUGUCAUGUGCAAGUGGGUAAAAUUCAAUCUACGUUAGAGCUACGUUAAUCCCUAAUUGAUACAUAUGAGCCCCUUGGUGCAAAUCUAAUAAGUGUGAUUAAGAAAUCCUCGUUUUUUAAAAAUCCUUUUAAUUAUAAUAUAAACUUAAUAAUUAUAUUCUCUGUUAAUUUGGCAGAAUUAUUUCCUUUUUUUCCAAAUCGUUACAGAAAUCUGACAAAUUGAAUAAAGAAAAAAAAGCAUAGCAAGUUGUGAAAAUUAGUUAUUAUAGAAAAGCAUGUCUUAUGUUCGAGUUUGUAGAAAUUUUCAACGUAAUUUAAUUUUUUGUGUUUACUUAUUACAGCUUAUGAAUGCAUAAGGUUGUCAUAAAUACGGCUGUUGGAAUAUAAAUACGGCCAGUGAAACGUAAAAUCAGCUGAUUUGCAAAGUCAGCUGUUACGAUCAGCUGAUCAUACUAUUGUGUGUGCAUAGGUUAAAUAUGAAAUUAUGUAGUAUUAAAAAAGUUGUUUGAAAUGUCGCUAAAAACUUUUAGAUUUGUAAUUCGUAUCAGAAUUUAGAAUAAAAUUCCGUGUAUAGUUUUUAUGCUAUUGUAUAUAAUACAAGAAACGAUUGAAGAAUUGGAACACACACACAUACACACAUAUUAUAUAUGCAUCAUUACCAACAACGUAUAAGAUUAGAAAAUUUCUGUCCUGAUAUUUAAUUUACAUUAGACAAGUUCUCGCUUUGAAGAAUUGGAUGGGAUAUUUAGAAAAAAAAUAAACACAAAAUUCAAUUAUGAGUUUUAUUUUUUGUAUCUUGUAUUAUUACUGUUUUUAAAUUUGUGUUUUGAUUUCGUACAAAAAUGUCGGACUUUUGAAAAAUUAAAACUUUAGAAAUAGACAUUAGAAACAAAAUCUUUCUCUAUUUUCCCUAUUUCGCUAGACACUAGAAUUAAAAUCUCUCUAUUCUCUCCAUUUUCUCUAAAUCGGAAUCAGUGAAAUCUGUUAUACUUAUAAUCAUAAUUAUAACUAUGUCUAUCACGUACUUCUUUUGAGAUUAUCACUAAUUAUGAUCAUUCGCUUUCAGUGAUUCCGAUUAAGAGAGAGAGAGUACUCUUAUCGAUCGGAAUCGGUGUAUUAUUAGAGGACAAUCCCUAUAUCAUUGAUCGAUUGAUACAGUUAUAAGUAUAACAAUGAAAUCACAUAAAAUGUCUUUUUUGUGGAUACACCGAUUUCGAUUUAGAGAGUUGAAUAAUUGCAAUUAAUAUUACAUUAAAAUAUAAAAAAACCAUUUAAUUAUAUUUUCACUAAAUUAAUGUUCUUAUCAAUUUUAAUUACUUUACACCUUAUUGAGGUAUAAGUGUACGACAAUAAAAUUGGGUCUAAUACACACUAAAUUUAAAUGGGAAAUCGAGGACUCACAAAUUGAAUUUGAUUCUAUCCGAGUUUAUUCGAGUUAUUCGGAUGAUAAACGUAAAAUCAAGAUAAAGUAAAGAGAUUUUGUGAUAAGUGCACGAUUUAUGGUUCAUCACAUCGCGUUGACAAGAUAUUUCGACAAAAGAUCUUUAUAUACAAUAAUUAUUUUGCAAAAACAAUGUUCUGCCAAUUUGAUCAGACAAUUCACUUUGUGAUGGUAGUUGCCAAUGCUACUAAUAAUAACUAAAUUUCUUAGUACAUUAUUUCCAUGUGACAAAAUUUUUUAUGAUAAAAAUACAAAAUAUUUGGAAAAACAUUGAAAUAAAAUAUGAAACUACGUACCUAAAAGAUUUAAAGUAAUACUUUUAAAAAUAUCAUUAAAAAUCAUCAUCUCUUUUAACACUUCACAUUUUAUAAGCAUUUUACGUCGUUGUGAUUACAUUUUGUACGUAUCUUUAUAACAGUUUUGUUUGUCAAUUAUACGAAAUAAUCGCGCAUAAAAAUACGCGAUAGAUUCGAUUUUUACAAUUGUCGCUACAUUUCUCCAUUUGUACAAUAUAAGUGUGCACAGUCUUAUGAGUGUAACAGUCUUAAGUCACAGCUCAACGGUACAAACUUUGGUUAAUGAAUUCUUACAUUUACUUCCUUAAACUAUAUUCUUACAAUUAUGAUGUAUUAUAAUAUAUAAAUGUUUUAUUACAUGACUUAAUUAAUACAGUAUCUAUCGUGUGUCCAGCGUUAGUAUUUUACAAA